AUGACGUCAUUGCUGGUCAGGAGGAAUCAGUUCGUAAAGCCGGCAGAAAUCAAGGAAGAGAACCAGCUGGAAGAGGAGGCGGCUCUGGAAGACGCGCCUCUUGAAUUGGAAGAAUUCGACCAAGAAAUUGAUUUUUUCUCAGAAGAAAUUCCAUCAAAACCAGUGGGAACUGCCAGUAGCUGUCCUGCGCCACACUCAGUUAAAAACGCUUCUUUUGAUUACAAAGCCAAUAGUAGUACAGCUUCGUAUUCCUGUAAUCCCGGCUUUUGCUUUGAAAACGAACGGACAAGGACCAUCAUCAGUGAUUGCAAAGAUGCUAGUUGGUCCGCUGUUCCAUCUUGUCAGCCAUGUGAUGCUUGUGAGCUUCCAGAAGUAGAGACUAAUCAGAACAGCGUCUGGAACGAGAAUGAUUGGACCGCGACGAUUUCUUGCGUCGAAGAAGAAGCUGUUCUAAAGCCAGGGACGGACAUUCGAGAGACGAAAAUCAGCUGCAUCGAGGGGAAAAGAUGGAACAAGCCCAUGCCCGUUUGUUCAAAACCCAGCAAGAUCAACUGCGGCGACGACCACAUCGAAGUCAUCGUCGACAAGAACCUCUUCAAAGCGAAAAGAUGGGAGGCCAGCUCUUCCAACGUCUUUCUUCACGGAAAUUCGAAUGGGCUCAUGAGCAUCGAUGAAGUAGACAGCUCCUGCUUUGCCAAAGAAGAUGAAGAAGGAAACUACCGAGUUCGAAUUCAAGCUCCUUUCAUGGGCCAGUGCGGUACGAAAGCGACAGUCGAGGAUGGCAACUAUGUUUUUGAAAACAAGGUCAAAUGGCGAAUGGAAACGGAUUUUACUGUGAAAGAUGCAGAGGUGCUCGAUUUUAGCUGCAAAUACAGAGGAGUCUUUAUGGCUGGCAUUUCUCAGCCCGUCAAGAUUGCGAUCAACACCAAGACUUACCAGGAUCCAAGGACAAAUCAAGACUUCACGGUCUCCAUGUCCGUCUACGACCACGCCAACUUCACUGGCUUAGUGAACAACAUCCCCCUCCUCCACCGCGGAAAGCGAUAUUUCGUCGAUCUCCACCUCCACAGCGAGCAAAUCGGAACUCCUUUUCUCAAAUACUGUUAUGGCUCGAAAAACUACGUCUCCGAAGCAGAGCUGCGGGAAAAAUAUAAAACAGAAACAUCAAGCUCUGGAAUUCGAAGCAUGGUCGUCAAUGGUUGCCCCGCUGCUGGAACACUCGUUCGACUGGAAGAGUCGCCAAAUUCGUUUCAGUCGAGAUAUUCGUUCAUGUUCCCGAAAAUUGGAAUUCAAGGGCGAGUCGAUCUUCAGUUUGUCUAUCUCCACUGCGAAAUCGAAUUCAAACCGGCCGGUUUCAAACCCAAUUGCGAAAACUCCAUGUUCGAGCAAGUCCUUCGACAAAAUUUCGACACUCUCAAUGGACCAGCGCCUCAGAAACUCCUUCGAAAAUUUGGCCCUCGUUUCAACCAAGACUCAACCAUCGACGGGGAGUCGAGGCAGGAUGCAGUCUGGAAGAUCAACUGUCAAGUUCCCCUCUUUAAAAAUGCUCCACGAUGCUUGAAACAGCAAGAGGAAGCCAAAAAUCGACAAAGAAGAAGUCUCAGGAGGACAAAUAUGGCGGUCGGAUUUGGGCCAAUUAUUUUCCCCGAAAAUGAAAAUGAUGAGAUUGAUGAAGAAGUGGUCGUUGAGGAGGUUCUUCGAUCAUCAAAAUUGUUUGUCGAUGAAAAUUCUGGAGAAAUUGAAGUAAAAGAGGAAGAAGUAGAAGUUAUCCCGAAUUCCCAGGUCGACCAAAUUGAAAUUCUUUGGAAGCAACAUCGGACGAAGAAAUCCCUCAUCAUUCGAGGAAUGGCUUUUGGCUGCGUAUUUUUGUUUUUCUUAUCAAUGUUCGUCUCCAGCCGAGUCAGCUGUUUUCCCAAGUCUGAUAAAGAGCUAAAUAUUUCGUCGAAAUUUUGA